AACCGUUCUCUUAUUUUUUUUGUUAUCGACACUAUUACACCAAAGAGAUGGAACCGCCGGCCACCGCAUCUAAUCGCUCUUCCAGACGGCUACUCUUUGACCGCCGUUACGGCUGGGUGUAAAUUCUCUAUCUUUAUCAGUUAAAUUCAUUUUCCAAUUUAAUGGAGACAAAAUGAUUCUGUGUUGGCUUAACAGGGUCGACGAAUGGAAGGACCCAUCGGAGGAAGCUCUCGCCGGCGGCAGAGGAAUGUUUUGUGUAGUUCCCUUGACGAAAACUCUGUUUCAGACAGCUUCACAAUCAGUAAGCUUUCUUCUUCCCAAUUCCAUGGAAAGUUUCGACUUUUUUAAUCAGCUUUUGACCUUUUUACAGAUGAACUCAGCUGUCAAAUUUCUGGAUAUGAAGUUUCAGAAAUUGGCAAAUCCUAUGCACAAUCCAAGUGGAGAUUUAGGGUCAAAAUCAAAUGUGUUGGAUUAACAAGUACAUGUGUUUAGUGUUGGAUUAUACGUCUAGAUCUCAUCUAUGUACUUUGUUCAAAGUUUUUGCUUGUGUUCAGACAUGUGUGAUUAUAUGAAUUUUCCUUUUUGAGUUCUAUAGUUUUGUGUGUAAAUGGUUUAGAAGCAGAUAUGAUCUAAUGUCUUAUCAGUUUGCAGUUGAGAGAUUUGUUAUAUGAAUAAAAUGAUGCGAGGCAAUUACCAA